AUGAAGAGCACCAUUGCUAUCGCUGCCCUGGUGGCUGGGGCCAAUGCUCUAGUUGGUCGCAGUGACAGCUGCUGCUUCGAACUGACUGCCUCCGGUGGUGCAUCUGGCACACUUGGCCAGCUGAGUGACGGUCAGGUCCGUGUCGGCGAUGACAGCCUGUCGGCUGCUGAGUUCUGUCUAUCGAACUCAAUUAUUACCGACAGUGAAGGCCGUGGAUGCAUUAUUACUUCGGAGGCCACCCAAUUUCAGUGUGAUGAAGGGGCUACUGGCACCUCUGGCUUCUCGUUGACCUCUUCCGGGUUGCUUAAGUUCGAUGGUAGCUCCGCCUUCAUUGCUUGCGAGACUGGCGAGAAUGAUGGACGUAACGUCUACACCACCAACAGCACUUCCGUGUCGCAGUGCGUGAGCAUUGAGUUGACUAGUGACUCUUGUGCUGCUGCUGCUGCCUCCUCCGCUGUGACAUCCUCUGUUGCCGCUGUUUCAACCCCGCCGCCCAUUGCUAGCCCGACCUCCUACCCGGUCAUUCCCACUAGCCCUGCUCGGUCUGCAUCGCCAGUAACCUCGACCCCAGUUGCAUCAACUGCUAGCUCGUCCGCCUCUAGCGCUGCAAGCUCGGUCGCUGCUUAUAGUGGCGCGGGUAUCUCUGCCCCCGACAUGAGCUUGGCUCGCUGGGCCGCUUCGUUUGUUGCCAUGGCCAGCUUGAUGGUGGCCUUUUAG